UCUUUACAGCGGUAGAGCCUUAAUAGUUGGGAAAAUAGAAGAUAUUUUCAGUGAAAAUAACGGUAUAAUUUUGAAAUUUGACAGAAUCUAAGAAUGUCAUCUGCGCUUAUCAUUGGUGGCGUUAGUAUGGUAGCCAUUGGACUAGCUGGGCGUAUGAUGCUGCGAAAUCGUGCAACGUUCCUGAAAAUGGCCAAAACAUUGCCUAUUGCAAAUAAUAUGUCAAAAUACUAUCGUGGUGGUUUCGAGCCCGUUAUGACACGUCGUGAAGCUGCAUUAGUCCUUGGUGUUUCACCCAGUGCUCCAGCAUCAAAAGUGAAGGAAGCGCAUAAACGUAUAAUGAUUGCCAAUCAUCCUGAUCGCGGUGGUUCACCCUAUUUGGCUGCAAAAAUUAACGAAGCAAAAGACAAAUUAGAAUCAACAAGACACGACUAAUUUUUGACUAGUAAUUUGUAUCUCAUGUAAAUUCCAAAUUAUCAUCUUGGGGAUUUUGUCGUUGUACCUCGUAUGGUAUCGAUAUAUGCGAAAUGAACUGUUUAUAAGUCCAGUCGAACCAACUUUGCUUACAUUUAGUAGUUUCUUCACAAAUUGUUUUUUCGUGUUGUAAUUUUCAUUCUGGUAUAAUAAUUCAGAAAUACACUCGUUGGUUGGGAGCAAGCUCUGCUCACUCAUUCAUUGCCACUAAUGUGUAAAGUGCUGC